AAUCGCGCUAAAGCCAUCUUGGAUGUUCCGUAUGAAGGUGGUUAGGCUAUUCCGGCAGUCUAUUGCUAUAGCUUUAAGGCUACAGUGGCAACAGUACGUGCAGUUAAAGCAAAAGACUCUCCUAUGUUCAUUUAACUCUUCCCGUAGUCAAUAGAACAUACGGAUGGUUUACUCUUACACGCGGAUAAGGCAAUCAUGCCCAUCGGCAUGCAUAUAGAUCAUACACAGGAACCUGAUAUCAUCCGGCGACCGGCUUACCUUGGUGGCUUUGACUGUAUUAUAGUAGACAUGAGCCUCUAUGAGCGCGAAGAAAACAUGCGUCUGAGCAGAGAGCUUAUUGAGUACUGUAAUGCGUGUGGUAUCAUUACGGAGCGCAAGACGAGUCAUAUCAAUGAUACGGAGCACGGCAUUCAAGAUAGUAAGACAGAGAAGAUGUCCA